CUUUGCAUGCCUUGUGUGCGCAACGGUGUCAUGCAAUUCCGUUCUGCAGACGAGGGCGAAGAGGAGCUGAAGUCACUGGAGUUAGCUGGAAGGGCGUCAGUGCCUUCUCAACAAUUCGACAUCUGCAAGAUGUGCACGUGACUGGCCCCGAUUGA